AUGAGCGGCUACGUUGUCGAGCAAAUGAAGCGCAACCCUUAUGACUGGAGACGAAGUUGUGGUGACGGUUCAUCAGAAGAAUGCUACGCCGAGCUGGGCCAUAUCGACGCCUUCUUGAACCAGACGAAGGUCAAGGCUGCUCUCGGAGUUGACGAGGAUGCUUCAUUCCAGGGAAUCUCCGAUGAGUACGUCAACGGGCUUCUCAAUGCGGGAAUUCGCGUUCUCAUCUUCGUGGGCGACAAGGAUUUAUACUGCAAUGCAGCUGGAAUGCGAAGGCUAGUCAACGAGGGGCUGGCUUGGCAUGGCCACCCCUUCUUCCGCUUCCGAGAGAUGACUCCUUGGUCCCAUGACGCUAAAGUAGCUGGCAGAUGGAAGUCUUACGAAGAGCUUACCUAUGCCGAGCUAUUCAACUCUGGUCACUUGGCCCCAUUUGACCUGCCAGCCGAGUCUGCAUCACUAAUCAAGUCGUGGGUCCUGGAUGGACAUCCACCGGUGCAGUAA